UCGCGUAGAUCUCAAAUUAGGUUUUAUGGUAUCGUUCGUGCUUUAACUCAAGAUGUUGAUGAAUUCUACGCACUCUGUGAUCCAGAUAAGGACAACUUGUGUCUCUAUGGACAUUCAAAUGAAUCAUGGGAAGUGACUCUUCCCGCAGAGGAAGUUCCACCUGAGCUUCCAGAGCCAGCUCUCGGAAUCAAUUUUGCAAGGGAUGGCAUGAACCGUAGGGACUGGCUUUCCUUGGUUGCUGUGCACAGUGAUUCAUGGUUGCUUUCUGUGGCCUUUUAUCUUGGAGCUCGUCUUAACCGCAAUGAAAGGAAGCGCUUAUUUAGCUUGAUCAAUGACCUUCCAACUGUGUUUGAAGUUGUAACUGAGAGGAAGCCAAUAAAGGACAAACCAACUGUAGACAGUGGAAGCAAAUCUCGGGGAAGCACCAAGGUGAAUAAGGCUAUGAGGAAACGUCGUACAGAGGAGUUAAAGAAACUAUAUCCUUCGACUGAUGUUGAAAUGAUUAAGGCUGUAACAUUUUACGAAUUAGCGGUUGAUUAUCGUGACAACUUUAUGGUCGAUGGAUUAUUGAGACUCAAUCAAUCUUCCAUCCUUGGAAUUGUUGGCAAGGGUCAUUUAAAGGGCAUGAAGUGUUAUUGGGAAGAUAAAACGGGAGUUCAGCAAGACAGUUACAAAAAUUUAAUGAGUUACUAAUUGGAUUGUGGUUUCAGCUUGAAAGCAAUUAGUUAAAAGUUAAAAACUAGUUUUCUCCUACCUUCUAAGCCUAGCUCGUUGAAAUUCAGAUAGUUUUUGCAUACAUUUCAUUGAUCUUGUGUGAUGGUGUUACUCACAAAAUGGCCCGUCUUCUAGAAUCUUAGCUGUUGCUGUAUGAUCAUUCCCCAUCUUUUGUGACUAUUUGUGAACAUUUCUUUUCAUAUAGCUGUUAUGCUGAAUGAAUAUUACAAUUAACAUAAUCAUCAAAAUUCUCUUUCUCCUUGUAUUUUAUAAUUCUAUGCAUUUUUCCUUUUUUCAUUAACUAAUGAAUGCUAUUUUGUCCUUUACUAGCAUUCCUGCAGUGAGCUAUAGGUUGUUAAUACUUAAUAGAAUCUCCCUAACGAUUGAAAUGGCCACAAAAUUGGUGUAUGGUUCGAUCAUUGGGCAUCAAUACUGAAAAGAAAGAAUGAACCCAACUUAGAG